AUGGAGAGAGAUCACAGCCUAAUAAUCUCAGGUCCAGUUCAGAUGAUAGAAAGCUGCGAGGGCAUGUUGCGCGACAUCCUUCCCACUAAGCAAAAUAUGAUGCGCCGAAAGGUCCCGCAAGAAUGUAAGGCAGAGUCUGAAACAACGGGACAUUUGUUCCGGAGCUGUCCAAGAGCACAGAAGGUAUGGCAAUACAUAAAAUUGCAUUUCUCUUUUGAAUCACAUACUAUCUCGUCCUUCUUUGACUUAAUGUGGAACCGGGUUGUGCUGGGUAAGUAUGAUGAGGACAAAGUGGCAAUGGUGGUUACUGUAGCAUGGGCCAUAUGGUUUAAUAGGAAUGAAGUUCGAAAUGGGAAAAGUAAGAAGACAAGAAGGGAUAUAGUGCAGUGGACGUCUCAGUAUCUUGUGGAAUGCUUUGCUGCGAUUGAAAUUCCGAGAACUACGAGUCCAACAAGUCAGGUGGUAACAUGGGCACCUUCAACGGGUUUGAGAUACAAAGUCAAUGUUGAUGGGGCGGUGUUUAAAAUGCAAAAGACAGCAAGAGUAGGGGUGGUGAUUCGAGACUCUCAUGGACAGAUUGUAGCAGCUCUGAGUAAGAAAAUCAACUCACCUUUGGGGGCAUUGGAGGUUGAGGCGAAGGCUUUUGAAGCUCGAAUCAGAUUUGCAAAGGACGUUGGGAUUUCUGAUUUUACAGUUGAAGGGGACUCCUUGGUGGUGUACAAUGCUUUGUGUGGUCAUUCUAAUCCUCCUUCAUUUGUGGCACACAUUAUAUCAGGUAUAAUUGGGAAUUAUGGGGCUUGUUCAUCGAUUGAUUUUUCACAUAUUAGAAGACAAGUCAGCUCAUUUGUUAGCAAAAUAUGUGUUAGGUAUUGA